GGCACCUUAGCUCUCCCACAUGCUCUGGCACGGUAAGAACAUGAGUGGCAAGACCCAUGGCACGACAAGGCUCAGAGAAAAGGCGAACAGGAUGCGUCACCUGCAAAAGAAGAAAGGUCAAAUGCGAUGAAGCACGCCCGGUCUGCAACCGGUGCCACGUCGGAGGCCGGUCUUGCACAUAUCUCAGCCCGCCAAUCGGCUCGUACUCCUGGCAACACCUGUUGCAAGCCAAACCGCCCCUCUUAGCAGUCCCUGGCCCCGGACUACCUCAGCAAGAGGCCCGCAGCCUGGACUACUUUCGCUCCGUUGUGGCCCCAGUACUCGAUGGCUCAUUGGGUAAUGGCUUCUGGACAAACCCGGUAAUGCAGCUGGCUAUGAAUGAGGCGGCGGUGAUGCACGGGAUCCACGCCAUCAGCUUGCUCUACGAAGGGUUCGAGCCAAGCUGGAAGGACUCGUUGUGCGAAGAAGAGGUGCUGAGGCAUUACAACCACGCCUUGCGACUCGUGGCAACAAGCAAGCCGCAAGAGUUCGCGGUUCUCGUUGCGUCGGUACUCUUCAUCUGCAUCGAGUUUCUGCGUGGCAACACAGCAGCUGCGAUUACACACUGUCGGCAUGGGAUUCUCCUCGCCAGGACGUGUCGAGCCCCAGACAGUGCGGCUGCUGAUGUGCUUCAGCACCUCAGCAUCUUCCCGCAUUUCUUCUCGUCUGGAGAGUUCCCGUCCCUAUCGUCGAGGCCGCAAGAAUCUCGCUUCGAGAGUCUAGCAGCUGCUGCCACUGCAAUGGACAAGCUUCUGGCCCAGGCAAUCGGCUUGGUACGAUCUCUGGACGCGUACCGAUUAGGCGCCGACGACUUGAUCAUCCCGCCCGAUGUUUGGAACAUGCAACAGGCAGUACUGAGGGACCUCAUGGUUUGGAAGAUCGCGUUCGAGGCAUUGCCGGUUGACACAGCUGCAGCAGACACUGCACGGUCAUUGCUGCGCAUGAGGUUUUUAGUCGGCUGGGUAUGGACAAGCAUUGCUCCCCACCGAGAGGAAACAGCCAGCGACUGGUUCCAUGCAGAAUUCGCGGAAAUUGUGAGGCUGGCCAAAAUAAUUCAUCAACAGGCAUCAACGACGAAGUUCACUUUCAGCAUGGGCACAGCGCCGCUGUUGCAUUUUGCGGUCAUCAAGUGCCGCCAUCUGGCUACACGACUGGAGGCUCUCAAGGUGCUCCGAGAUUUGGCCAAUGUCAGGGAGUCACUCUGGGAUGCAGAAACCAUGUAUGCGAUCGGAAAGUGCAUAGUGGAGCAUGAGCACGGCAUCUUGGUGGAUGAAGGGCUGCCAAUGACCGACGCGGAGCUUCCUGAUGAUCGGAGCAGGAUCAGAGAUUCAUACGUGGAAGAUGAGGUGUUUGAGCAUCUUGAUGAGCAGGGCAACCUGGUCUUUCGGCGGCGGAUACACCUCGUAUAUCUCGAGGGAAGCGCUGUGGCAGAGAAGUUGGAUUGGAUAUCAAGCUCGGUUAUUACGAACGCUGAAUAAAUGCCAGUCAGGAUCAGUACAACAUUGAG